AUGCAGAAUCAAGCAUCGAGCACAGACUUGGUAGGAAUCAUUCGCCCUGCUAGGAAACCGAGAAGAAAAGAAUCACUUUCCGCUUGUCUAAAAAAACCGAAAAAACCAAAGGACUUAUCUGAAGAAAACUUUCAAGAAAUAAUGAAUACUUUUCAAAUCAUUGACUCAAACGAAGAUGGAAGGAUUUCUAAGAAGGAGUUAAGGGAUGCGGCGUUUCUGAUUGGAUUAAAUCCAACAAAAAGAGAGCUAGAGGCAUGGUGGACGGAAGCCGAUAGUAAUCAGGACGGCUUCAUAAGCAGAGAGGAGUACGUUAACGUCAUGAAAACUAACUAUGUAUCUAUAGACAUUGAAAGAGAGAGGAUGAUAGCUGCAUUUAAAGUGUUUGACACUAAUGGUGACGAGAAGAUUUCACUAGAGGAAAUGGCAUUAGUUUUGAAACACAACGACUCUUUUUCUGCAACAGACAUCGAAUCUUUAUUCAAAGAAAUUGACACAAGCAAUCAGGGUUUUAUAAACUUCACAGACUUUGUGAAUUCAUCUCUAUGUACCAAAGUAUUCUAAAACCCUAUGAAUGGACGUAUUGCAGCACUGGAUAAUGCUUUUCCAAGGCUGAAUGGUGAAGUUUGAUUAAUCAAUUAUCGAUGGAAAAAUGGGCUUUACAUCUCAAUAACGCUUGAAUAAGAUUUAAAUUCUCUAAAUAGAAUCUGUGAGUCUUUUCAGAGCCGCC